AUGUCCCAUCCAGCACGUGAGUAUGCAUGCCGUCUCUCACCUCGCUUCUCUCUUGUCCAUAGCUGACACCUACCUCACUGCCUGCUCACCCACCAUCGCGCUCACCCACACCUCAAAAGUCGCUCGCGGCUCUCUAGCCAUCAUCUCUGGCGGCGCGUCGGGUAUCGGUCUAGCAGCCGCUCAACGCUGGGCAUCUUUGGGUCUUUCGGUUGGCAUCCUGGAUCGUGCAUCUCAGACAGAUCUAGACUCUGCCAUCGAGCGCAUCUCCUCUUCUGCUACCGGUAGCGCUUCUUCGGAAGAGUACAAAGGUUGGAGCGUGGAUGUGUCGGAUCGGGAAGCGGUCAAGAGGGUAGCGGAUGAAGUGCGCGCGUGUUUUCAAGGCAAAAAGUUGACCGUGCUUCAGGCUAAUGCUGGGACGGGAGGAGGAACAAAAGUGGGGAAUUGGGAUGAGCAUUGGGAGAGAAUUUUGAAUACAAACUUGUAUGGAGUGAUUCACAUCGUUCAAGCUUUCUUGCCGCUCAUUCAAGCGCACGACCAACCUGCCGCCAUCAUCACUACGGGCAGCAAGCAAGGCAUCACUUGUCCACCGGGCACUGGUCCCGCCUACAACAUCUCCAAGGCGGGAGUCAAGGUGUUCACGGAGCAGCUGGCUCACGAAGUUCGAGCUUCUUCAAGCACAAGGGACCGCGUCUCGGUGCAUCUGUUGAUUCCUGGAUGGGUGCAUACGGGCCUCACAGGUGCCAAGGAAGGCAAAUCCAAACCAGAUGGUGCUUGGUCGCCCGAACAGACGGUGGAUUACUUGGUGAGAGAAGGACUGGAAAGGAAGAGCUUCUACGUGCUCUGCCCUGACAAUGAGACGAGCAAAGAGAUGGAUCUGAAACGUAUCAAGUGGAAUGUCGAGGAUAUCACGCACGACAGACCCGCACUCUCGAGAUGGCACGACGAUUGGAAGGGCAAGUUCGACGAGUAUCUGAAGCAGUCGUGA